AGAAGACGUGGUCUCAAAGAAGACGUGGGUCUUGAAAGAAGACGGUCUCGAAAGAAGACUUAUGUCUCAAAGAAUACGCGAGUCUUGAAAGAAGACUUAUGUCUCAAAGAAUACGCGAGUCUUGAAAGAAGACGUGGGUCUCAAAAGAAGACGUGGGUCUCAAAGAAACGUGGAUCUCUAAGAAACGUGGGUCUCAAAGAAUACUCGAGUCUUGAAAGAAGACGGUCAAAGAAACGUGGGUCUCAACGAAACGGGGAUCUCUAAAAACGGGGAUCUCUAAAAACGGGGAUCUCUAAAAACGUACCGGCGGUUUGCUCCCGCCUCCAGCAACCCGUCAGGAAGACCACCAUCAGAGCACGCAGCUUGUCCCCGCGCGGCCUGGGAGCCGGGCGCUGUGUGCAGGACCCCGACCUCGUCAUCGGCCAAGGCUCCGGUUCCAGCCCGUCGGCACCGGCCCCCCACGCACAAUGGACGGCCCGCCGACGCCGGAUUUGACGCGCCACUUCCGCAACAUGGCGCUUGCCGUUUUCGUGGCGUUCCGCGCGUUGCAGAACGGCGAGACCCCGGUGGCCUGUGUUUUCGUCCACGGGCCCUCCCAGGCAAUUCUAGCGUACGGCUGCAACGACACCAACCGGUCGCUCAACGGCACGAGACACGCGGAGUUCCUCGGCAUCGACGCGCUCUUGGCCCGGCACGGGCUCUUGGGGGCGCCGGCGCACGAAAUCGCCGCGUUUUUCGCCGACGUCUGGCUCUACGUGACCAUCGAGCCCUGUGUCAUGUGUGCGCUGGCCCUCCAGCACAUCGGCAUCGGCCGCGUGUACUUCGGCGCGGCCAACGACCGCUUCGGGGGCAACGGCACGGUGCUCCGCGUCCAGGGCGCCGCGUGCUACCGGAGCAUGGGCGGGAUCAUGCGGCCCGAGGCCAUCGCUCUCUUGCGCCAGUUCUACGUCCAGGAAAACGGCAGUGCGCCGGUGCCCAAGGCCAAGAAGAACAAGGACAUCGAGGGCAAGGAGUUCCCGGCGAACCUCGACUUCCGCUUGUACGUGAGCGAGCCCGAGUUCUGCCGGGAGAUGGGCCCACAGCGAGCGGCGCGCUUCUACCAUGCGCCGAACCCGCAAGAGGAAAUCACCCCGGUGCUUGGCGCGGGCUAUGGCUUGCGCAGCCUCAUUACGGAGGACCACGUGCGGCAAAUGCCGGCGUACGAGCGGCUCUACCCGGACUCGCCGUGUGAAAUCGCCACCGACCUCGCGCGCCUCGCCGCCAUGUUGCCCACCAUCACCGACGCAGGCGUGGUGGAUUUGGGCGGCAAGGCCGACGCGAAGAAACGCAGGCUCCACGGCCCUGGGUGAGUGUUUGCGCGAUCGUCCCCCGUGCUCGGGCUCCCGUGGAAGAGGCUGCCCGAUCUCACAUGGUCU